AAAGCAUUUAAAAUAAAAAAUAAAAAAUCAUGGUCUUUCUCAAUACACAGAUCCCUAUGGAAUGCAGGAGGCAUAGCCAACAUUGCUCCCUGAAACUCAUUCUUUUUGUUUAGUUUAAAGGGUCUUGUUUUGUUUUCUUUAGAGAGCUUUUCAGAGAGAGAGAGAGACAGAGAGAGAGAGGGAGGAGUGAUAGGUUCAGGAAUUGGGUUUGUUUAGCUACAUGGAUAUAUUUCUUCCCUGAGUGCUGCUGCUAGCUAGAAAACAAAAGAACCAGUUUUCAAAUGGAGGGAAGCAAGCAAUCUUGGAAUGAUUAUUUUAUUUGUUUCCCAAUGAUUGAGUUGCCUUGCAGCCCGAGAUCCUGCUAAGAAUAUCAAGCAGGGGGGGGGAAGAGGGUAGAGAGAGAGAGAGAGGAAGAUGAAGUCCAUGAAUAAUGAUAACAGCAACAGCAAUAACUGGUUAGGUUUCUCUCUCUCACCCCACAUGAACAUGGAAGUUCGUCCAGAAUCCCAUCAUCAUCAUCAUCAUCAUCAUCAAAACCAUAAUCCAUCACAGCCUCCCGCUGAGGCUGUUUCUACUGCAGUUCCAACUAGCUUCCUCCUUUCUCCUCCUCAUUUAAACAGCUCUGGAAUCUGUUAUGGGGUUGACGGAGAAAAUGGGGGAUUCUACUCUCACUUGUCUGUCAUGCCACUGAAGUCUGAUGGUUCUCUUUGUAUCAUGGAAGCUCUUACCAGGUCACAUAAUGAAGGAUUGGUGCCAACUUCGUCCCCCAAGCUCGAAGACUUCUUAGGCGGUGCAUCCAUGGGAACCCAUCAGUACGGAAGCAAUGAAAGAGAAGCCAUAGCUCUCAGUUUGGACAGCAUGUAUUACCAACAAAAUCCUGAACCUGAGGCCAACAGACAACACUUUCUCCAACAACCAUUUAGGCAUCCACAGCAGCAGCAGAUACAAGUUCAACAGCACCCAUAUUUCUCUGGACUAACAGGCCAAGAGAUGUUCCAGACACCACUGGAGGAGGAACCGAUGAAGGGAAAACAUCUUGCAGACUGCAGUCUUCAGCUCCCUCCAAUGCCUGAGGAUGCAAUUCCAAGCCUCAACAGUUGGAUUGCUAGGCAGUAUUCAACCAACCAGGCAUUACAACAGAAAAUGGUUGGUCAUUGCAUUAGUGAAGAUGGAGCAGCAGGGAAUACCUCUGUUGGUCCAAUGGGCUAUGGGGAUUUGCAGUCUCUGAGCUUGUCCAUGAGCCCUGGUUCUCAGUCAAGCUGUGUGACAGCCCCACAGCAUAUUUCUCCCACUGCAACUGAAUCUGUGGCCAUGGAAACAAAGAAGAGAGGGUCUGGAAAGGUGGGUCAGAAGCAACCUGUUCAUCGGAAGUCCAUUGACACGUUUGGACAGAGAACCUCUCAGUAUAGAGGUGUUACAAGUGUCCUUUUCAGACAUAGAUGGACUGGUAGAUAUGAAGCCCAUCUAUGGGAUAAUAGUUGCAAGAAGGAAGGACAGAGCAGGAAAGGGAGGCAAGUUUAUCUCGGGGGUUAUGAUAUGGAAGAGAGAGCUGCCAGAGCUUAUGAUCUAGCCGCGCUUAAGUAUUGGGGUCCUUCUACUCACAUCAACUUUCCUUUGGAAAAUUAUCAGGAAGAACUCGAAGAAAUGAAAAAGAUGAGCAGACAAGAAUACGUUGCUCACUUGAGGAGGAAAAGCAGCGGUUUCUCAAGGGGCGCUUCGAUGUACCGAGGGGUGACAAGACAUCAUCAGCAUGGAAGAUGGCAAGCAAGGAUUGGCAGGGUUGCGGGAAACAAAGACCUUUAUCUUGGGACAUUUAGCACCCAAGAAGAGGCAGCUGAAGCAUAUGACAUUGCAGCAAUCAAAUUUCGAGGGGUGAAUGCCGUCACCAACUUUGAUAUAACGAGAUAUGAUGUCGAACGUAUCAUAGCGAGUAAUACUUUGCUUGCUGGAGAACUUGCCAAGCGAAGCAGAGAUACAGAAUCGAGCGUGAUUGUUGAUCACUCUGCCUCAGCUCAGAACAGCAACGCAGAAGCUGGCGUCUCUGAAGAGAGUAAAAGGGAGGAGGGCUGCACAGACUGGAGGGUGGCCAUGUAUCAGACCACCACCGAGCAACCAGCCAUUUACGUCGAACUAGUGGAUCAGAAACCCAUGAAUUACAGGAACCCAUCCUUCUCAGGAGUGGCCCUACACAGUCUCAUUGGGAUGGAUCAUGGGGUUAACCCGGCUCAAGGAGCGGAAGACUCGGCCAAGCAAGGGACUCACUUGUCCAAUGCAUCUUCUCUGGUGACCAGCUUGAGCAGUUCCAGAGAAGGCAGCCCAGAUAAAAGUGGGCUCUCAAUGGUUUUUGCUAAAUCCACUCCGGCACCGAAGCUCGUUGGGCCUACUGCCACCAUGAACGCUUGGAUUCCGUCUGCCCAGCUGAGUUCUUCAAUCGCCAUGGCUCACUUGCCUGUCUUUGCAGCCUGGACAGAUACUUAAAGCUUUCUCUGUUUUGUUUAAAAGACCCAACUUUCCUUGUUUAAAGUUCUGUGAGUAGUAGAAG